AUGCUUUCGCUCGACAGCUACGACGCGCGUGGGUUCGCGAUCAAAGGCGCGUAUUGCGUCGGCGGCGUCUUCGCGUACGACUCGCUGCACGCGGCGUGGUCGCCGACGCGAGUGAGUGAGAUCACGCCCGAGACCUUGGCGGCGCUGGAGAUUCUCGACCCGACGCCUGAUUUACUUAUCGUUGGCACGGGGCGAACCGUCGCGACGCUGAACGAGGAGACGCUGAAUUAUUUGAAGGAGCUCGGCGUUGCUGUGGACGCGAGCGACACCGUCAACGCGACGAGCACGUUCAAUGUCUUGGUAGAGGAAGGACGGAGCGUGGCGGCGGCGCUCUUACCAGCAGGGCACGUAGAGAAGUAG